UUCAUGCCUGUUUUCGAACGGUCUACGGAUCGGAUCGCGCGAUCGCACGUCGUUGGCUGUGCUGUUCGUCUUCUCAAAGCAAAAACCCAAAUAAAGACGAGUCUCGAGUCGAGUCUCUCCACAAAGCCAUAGGAAAUUUAAAUGAAAUUUUGUUUAAAUCUGAAGCUACAUUACGUUCGUUGUAAAUAAGCGGCAAUUGUUUGCUUUAAGCAAAGCCUGUGAUAUAGUUGUGUGUACUACUUUUUUUUUAGAGAAAAUCAGCCAAAAUGAAAGUUCCGACGCGCGACUCAAAAUAUUCAUUCAAUUUGAAAAUAUUCAAAUUGCAUAACGAUAAGAAAUCCACAAGCGCCUCGCUGGCACCCACCGCCUCACCUCCACCUAGUAGUACCUCACCUGUGAUCUCAACAAAACGAAACUCUUGGCGCACUGCAUGGCGUGAGGCUAUGGGAAGCGGCUCCAAGGACUCCUCCAGUUCGACGAAUGAGCCGUCGACGAAGGAGAGGGAUGCGAGCUCUCCUUCAUUUUUUGAACAACAACAACAACAUCAAAACAAGCGUCAAAGUUCCUCCGAUUACAUGUUGUCUACUGCCCCCAGCCAUAGCCCCAGCCCAAGCCCUGCCGCUUCGCCUGUAGAUGAGCUGAUGUCAAUGCCAUGGUUUGGCAUGGACAUUGGCGGCACCCUCACAAAAUUGGUGUACUUCGAACCCAAGGAUAUAACGCCAGACGAACAGGAUCGCGAGGCGGGCAUUUUACGGAAUAUACGACGUUAUCUAACCAAAAACUCUGCAUAUGGCAAAACCGGACACCGCGAUACGCACUUACAGAUGGACAAUGUGGAGAUACGUAAAAGACGAGGGUCCCUGCAUUUCAUUAGGUUUCAGACCACUGAUAUGGGCAACUUUCUGUCCCUGGCCAAGCAAAAAGGCAUGGCCGAACUGGUGACCACUGUGUGCGCCACGGGGGGAGGAGCUUUCAAAUUCGAGAAGGAUUUUCGCGAUCAGGUCAACAUGAAGCUGGCCAAAUUCGACGAGCUCGAUACGCUAAUCAAGGGUAUACUCUUUGCCGAUCUCCACAAUCGCACCGAAUGCUACUACUAUGAAAACGCACGAGACAUCAUUUUCGAUGAUUCUCUUUCUUGCAGCAAAAGCGAGAAGCGUGCAUUCAAUUUUUCGCAACCAUUUCCAUUCAUAUUGGUGAAUGUUGGCUCCGGUGUGUCCAUUCUGGCUGUCUACGGACCCGACAACUACAAGCGUAUCUCAGGCACAAGCUUGGGCGGCGGUACAUUCCUCGGACUAUGCUGUUUGCUGACCGGCUGCACAACCUUUGAGGAAGCUAUACAGCUAGCUACCAAGGGCGACAACAGGAAGGUGGACAAGUUGGUAAAGGACAUUUAUGGCGGCGAUUAUAAUCGCUUUGGUCUGCCCGGAGAUUUGGUGGCAUCCAGCUUUGGCCAAAUGCACAUCGAUGACAAGCGGGUUUCAGUGUCCCGUGAAGACCUGGCCAAUGCCACACUAGUCACUAUAACCAACAAUAUUGGCUCCAUAGCACGGAUGUGUGCACUGAAUGAGAAGAUUGACAGGGUGGUCUUUGUGGGAAACUUUCUCCGUGUAAACCCCAUAUCCAUGAAGCUGCUGGCGUACGCUAUGGAGUUCUGGUCGAAUGGCACAAUGAAGGGACUCUUCCUGGAGCAUGAGGGAUAUUUUGGUGCCCUGGGAUGUCUACUGCAAUUUAAUGGCGAGCUAGCAGCUGCUCUGAAUGAAGGCCUUGACCAUCCGCAGUGCGCUGAGCACUUAGUCACGGAUGCGAGUGCGUGUGCGGCAGAACCGCCGAUCCCUUCCACAGCUGAUAAGCCUUCAGAGAAAUCACCGCCGCUCUCGCCAGCAAGCAAACACUCUACUAGGUAGUCGCUGUAGCACCAUGUUCCUCCGUGUACAGUAGACCUAAGAUUACUUGGGCAAUGGAAAUAUGAAAAAUGGAUCGAUCCUUUGCAGACUAUUAUCUCGGUAUUCAACAUAAUUUUUUUUCGGCUUAAGUUUAUACACGUUUUUAUACAUCGCAAGGUUGCCGCCAGUUGUAAAUGCAUGAAAUUACAGAAUAGAUAAAAGUGCCUGCUAAAAAAA